UAAGCGCUCGAAAAUGAAUUCUCCAUAUGGGUUUUUGCUGCCUCUUCUCAUUUGCUAUUCUCUGGUAUUCUUUUCAGCAAAUACCAUCGAAGCUGAAACAAAAUCAAGAAAGCUUCGGGAGCUGAUCUCCAAGAAUUCCAUUUCAUCUGUUUUUGUCUUUGGUGACUCCACAGUGGACCCUGGAAAUAAUGACUAUAUAGGAACUGCUUUUAAGAGCAACUUCCCACCUUAUGGGGAGGACUUCUUUGACCACAUUCCUACUGGGCGAUUCAGCGAUGGACGGCUUGUUACUGACUAUUUGGCUGAAUAUGUGGGGUUAAAAGAAACAAUUCCACCAUAUUUGGACCCAACACUUAGCGUGGAGGAGCUCAUAACCGGAGUCAGUUUUGCUUCUGCGGGGUCCGGAUUCGACCCUCUUACAGCUAAACUAAGUGGUGUAAUUCCAAUGCAGCAGCAACUAAAUUAUUUCAGAGAAUACAAAGCAAGAAUUGAAAAAGCCAUUGGAGAGAAGAAAGCAAAAGAGCUGAUUAACAAGGCCUCCUUUCUAAUAAGCUGUGGCACAAAUGACUACGUGGUCAAUUACUUCAAUAACCCGAUUAUGCAAAUUAACUACACGGUCUCAGCUUACCAGAAGUUCUUGUUAGACAAUGCCCACCAACUUCUCAAGGGAUUAAUAGAUGAGGGAGCGCGGAAUAUUGGUUUAGUGGGGUUGCCACCAAUGGGGUGCUUGCCCGUUGUAAUAACCCUUAAUUCGAUCAGUGCAUUUCAUCGAAAUUGUAUUGAAAAGUAUUCCUCUGCUGCAAGGAGUUACAACGAGGGGCUUCAAGAAAUGGUGGCUUCUGUCCGACGUUCCGAUAUCAAUGUAGUUUAUGGUGACAUUUACAAUCCAAUCAAUGACAUGAUCCAAAAUCCUAGCAAAUAUGGUUUCGAAGAUGUUAAUACUGGUUGUUGUGGGACUGGACUGAUUGAAGGAUCAUUCUUAUGCAAUCAAGAGUCCCCUGUUUGCCCUGAUCCGUCAAAGUUUAUCUUCUGGGAUGCAGUACAUCCAACUCAAGCAGCAUAUUACCAUUUGUUCAAGUCCCUACGUUCACUCGCUGAUUCCUUCAUGAAGGGAUAACGCCAAUCAAUUAUCUUGUUGUUGUCAAUGCAAUGGCGUGCGCAAGAAUUUGUAAGGAGGUCACAUUUACAACACCAAAAAGAAAAUUAAUUUAAAUAUUGUGUACAUCAGUUUGUUGUGUUUCAUGUAAAUGAAUGUCGUUCAUCGAAAAAAAAAAUGGGCAUAAUAG